AUGCUCGAAGAAUUAGGCCGAGCAUUACCAAGGUUUCCGAGUGAUGAGCAAAAGCUGCCGGUCGCAAGAGCAUCGGCAGAAGCUCUCGUGGCAAUGUACACAGAGAUCAUCAUUUUGUGCGCUCAUUCUAUUGCUCUCUUUCGAAAUAAUCUGAGCAUGGCGACUUUCCAAAAAGUCUGGUCUAGUUUUAGCAAAGAAUUCCCUCAAGUCAUUGUGAAAAUUCGAGACUACUCAAAGGUUGUCGAUCAAACAGCCAACAUGAUAUCUCUUUCCAGAGAGACUCAAUCAGUGGACACGAUCAGCGCAAUGAGUGUCCUGAAGGAUUUCCCACCAAAGAAAAUGAAUAUUCCGUGUUAUAUGAUACCAUACGGUCUCAAUAAUAGUUUCUUUGGAAGACAGAUGGAAACUGACAUGCUGAAUAGCAUGCUUGACCCUGAUGAAAGCAACAAACGCUUGAAAGUCGCCUCAAUCUACGGAACAGGGGGUGUAGGGAAAACACAACUUGCCUUACACUAUGUCAACACUUCGAUGGACCUAUUUGAUGCGAUUCUUUGGAUUCCAUCAGAAACACAAACGCAAUUCACACAGGCAUUGACGAAUUUCGCUUCCAAGCUUGGCAUCUCAAGUGUUGGUAAUGCCGAGGAUGAAAAUCAAUUGAUCCAAAAAUUGAGAAACUGGCUGAAUGAUUCUGGAACAAUUUUGGCCAGCAAGAACCAACGGGUCCGUGAUUAUAACUUGCCGCUCUCAUUCAGUUGCAAGAAAACAUACGGUUGA